AUGAUGCUCUGGAGCGAUACGAAGGAUGUGGUCCAUGACUUCACUAAGAAGAACGACAGUUACGUGACCAUGGAGGACACCUUGCUGGGGUCUGUGCUGGACGGAAAGAGCUGGUGCGGAAAGAAGGGCAGCAAUGGAACGUCUACUAUCUGCUGCCCAGGAAGGAGGCAAUGUGAGAACAACGCCGUUGACUCCUUCUGGUACGAAGCCUCCGCUGCUUUUGCAGAAGCUGCAUGUGGCGACGUCACAGUGAUGCUCAACGCGGCCAACGCCACACCAUUCGAUUCUUCAAGUACGUUUGCGAGAUUCGAGUUGCCGCGGUUGCGCUACCCCAGGGUGAAAAGGCUGAAGGUCGUUCUGGUCACAAAGAAGAACGUGGUGACAAACUGUAAGGACGCGUCUUUGAUGGACUUGCAGAGGAAUCUGGCAGCAGGAAUUACGUACAACUGCAAGGACGUGUCCAUUGUGAGGACCCCAUGUCACCUCUCUCUCUCUCUCUCUCUCUCUCUCUCUCUCUUUCUCUCUCUCUGCAGGGAUUAGAUCUACAACUGCAUCUCAAAUCAGGCAUUGGCCUGUUGGUGAACUGAACAAAAUAAUGAGCGAUGAUUCUUUUUGUACCAUGGGCCAGUUUGACUUAAUGUGAAAUGUUUUGUAUGAGCCCUCUUUACCUUUUGUGCAACAUGAAAAUAAACCUUUAUCAAUUUUUUUUACUAAAUCUUAAGAGUUGUAAGGGGAAAUAGCAGUGCUGCUCUACAAUGUUUUUUAAUAAAAUUUUACAUAGCAAGCAAGUAAAAAUGUCUUGAGUUUUUACACUAAACAAACGUCAUUACACAAUAUCAAAUGGAGGUAAAUUAAACUUGAAAAGAGGAGUUGUGAUGACCUUUGACCCUUGAUAACAU